UUGUUUGAUAUUGGGCGUACUAGAUAUGGAGAAGGGCAUAUGCCUGGGAUCUUGAGAGGCAUUGAUACUUCGUGUGCUAAAAAGUAUUAUGACUGGAAGUACGAUAUUAAAGAGCACUUAACGAUUAAUGGGCCACAAAAUCGUUAUGGUGGUUGCACGGAUACGCAGUGGCAAAAAGCAAUUGAUUUUUUCCGUCGCCCAGAAAUUACGAAACGUUCUGUGGUCAACAAGGAAAAUAGAAAGAAACUGAAAGAGCUUAGCUAUGGAGGUUCUCAGUCAAUCCCAGCCUUACGCUAUAAAAAGGAGGAAUUGCGUGCAUACCGCGACACACAGCAGACACAGGCAACUGAUACUGAGAGUUCCACACCAGUUUCGAGUUCGCCUGAAGAUGAAGACAUAUAUUUGGUACAAAAUGUCUUCGGAAAACGACGGGGCCACCAAAAAGGAUAUGGACGUAUCCUUAACAUAAGGGACCGAACUCCAUUUGAUUUUCGUCCUUCACAAACUAGAGAUGAAGAGUUGUCUGAGAUGAGAGAGCGUCUUCGACAGUUAGAGGAGCAUGUCCGGACUCAUUGUAUCACCCCGGGAUCUCAAUCUGCCCCACCACCACCACCCGAUGAUCCUGAUGUUGGAGCACCGACUCAGUAGGACUUAUGUAUGAAUUUUAUUACAAUUGACUAUUACAUUAUCAUGUUUAAGACAAGUCUUUAUUUUAAUUCAACGAAUACACUCUUAUGUUUUUAUUUAUAUCUUUAAUAUAAGUGUUUUAAUUUUA